AGACUUCAGUUUGCUCAAACGUGCUCGCACGGAUAGAAAGUUGCCAAAUCGGGUGCAACACGCCGUCCUUACGUGGCCUUUAACCUCUUCCUAUUUCUCCUUUCUUUCUUUUAUAUCAUUUAUUUCGUACGAACUCCUUCGUAUUUCUUUCGUUUUUUUUUUAUUCGACGAUCAAAAUCCUCGAUAAUCGACCGUCGGCAAAGUUGGUCUUAGGGUGUAGUAGCAAAAAUAUCUUGAACUAUCAGAACUGAUUCGCGCGUCAAGCAUAACGGCCCAACGGAUUCCAAGAGUGACACGUUACUCAAAAACAUGGCACAGAUAAUACGAACGAUUUACGAUGGUUAUCGGGACUUGAUGGACAAUAAGAGCGACCCAAGGGUCAAAGAUUGGGCGAUGAUGAGCGAUCCCUUUCCUACGCUCUUCGUUUGUUUAUUUUACGCUUACUUCGUCAAGGUACUCGGGCCAAGGAUUAUGGAAAAUCGCAAGCCUUUCGACCUUAGAAACUUCAUGAUACUUUAUAAUCUCUUCCAAGUGAUCUUUUCCUCUUGGUUGUUUUACGAGUGUUUGGCGUCCGGCUGGUGGGGAGUCUACUCGUUCAGAUGCCAACCGAUAGAUUACUCGGACGAUCCAAUGGCAAUGAGAAUGGCUCGUGGCUGUUGGUGGUACUACUUUUCCAAGUUCAUCGAGUUCAUGGACACGAUCUUCUUUGUUCUGCGAAAGAAAAAUAACCACAUUUCAACGUUGCACGUGAUUCACCACGGAUGCAUGCCAAUGUCGGUCUGGUUCGGCGUCAAGUUCACACCAGGCGGUCACAGUUCCUUCUUCGGCUUCUUAAACACGUUCGUACACAUUAUUAUGUACUCUUAUUAUCUCCUCGCUGCUCUCGGACCAAAGAUCCAACCGUACCUAUGGUGGAAAAAAUAUUUGACGAGCCUGCAAAUGAUUCAAUUUGUUCUCGUCAUGAUUCACGCCUUCCAAUUGCUCUUCAUCGAUUGCAAUUACCCGAAAGCUUUCGUAUGGUGGAUCGGCAUGCACGCGAUCAUGUUUUACUUCUUGUUCCGUGACUUUUACGUCGGGACUUACAAGAAGAAGAAAAACGUGAUAAGGAAAAGGCAAGAGGAAAGUGGGAAAGAGGAAGAAGAAGAAGAAGAAGAAGAAGAGGCGAGAAGGAAGAAAGAAGAAAAGUACGAACGCGAAAAUCGUCUUAAGGAGAACGAUCUUAUUUAUGCGAAUCAAUACAGAAUGGCGACCGGGUACAUUUCGGACGAGGGCCUAAGAAAUCGCGUUUUUAUCGACAACCGAGGAUUGUCCGACGAAUGAGAACGCGAUAAGGAUCAACUAUUAUAAUCGAGACUCGCGUCGACGCGGAAUCCUUUUCGAAACGGCAGCGCAAAUAUUAGACUUUCUUCAUCGCGGUGCGUGUGUGCGUGCAUCCCAACGGAUAAGAGAGAGAGAGAGAGAGAGAGAGAGAUGCGCUGUCCCCUCACGAAGGGCCGACGGGAACAGCGCAUUUCCAUAAAAGACUAUAUUUCCUCCCCCGAAUAUCCCCGAAACAUCGAGGGAAAUUGAAAAGCUCGAAAGAGAUAUCGUAGAGUUCUUUCUUUUUUCAUUUUUCGAACCAAAACGAUGUUCGGCUCGAUACAUUCAUCUGUGAUAAUAAUCAUUGCCUCGUGCUAAUCCAUACUUUUUCAUAUCGGAUCUGAUGCGACGCAAUGAGGUGACGCACGGCAAUCGGCAUGUGUUACAAUGGAGGAAAGAAGAAGAAGUAAAGAAAAAUAAAAAGAAUAAAGGGGAUAAAAUAAAAUGAAUGUCGAGAAAUA